AUGGGGACAUGGGACAUGGAAUGGUUUUAUGAGAAGGUCCAGGCGCUGCACCAGGACCCCAAGGCCUCGGUGGACAACCCCUUGCUGGCCUUCAGCCUCAUCAAGCGUCUCCACUCCGACUGGCCCAAUGUCAUCUACAGUGAUGAGGCCACCGAGAACACCCAGGCACUCCAUGCUGGCUUCAAGGAGGUGGAGCAGGAGCUGCCUGGAGCCGAGGACCUGGACGGGGCUGCCCGGGCACUGAUGCGGCUGCAGGAUGUCUACUCACUCAGUGUCAAGGGCAUGGCCAAUGGCGUCUUCCAGCGAGCUGGUGCUGGCCGGCCACCCCUCUACAGCCCCGGCCGGCGCGUCUCCCUCUCCGCCGAUGACUGCUUCCAUGUGGGCAAGGUUGCCUAUGACACGGGUGACUACUACCACUCCAUCGCAUGGCUGGAGGAGGCCGUUGGCCUCUUCCGCCGCUCCUACGGCAGCUGGAACCCUGAGGACCGGAGCAGCCUGGAGGAUGCUCUGGACCAUCUUGCUUUCUCCUACUUCAUGGCUGGAAACAUCUCCCACGCCUUGAGCCUCUCUAGGGAGUUUCUCCACUAUGACCCCAGUAACCGACGGGUGGCGAGGAACGUGGCCAAGUACGAGAAGCUGCUGGAGACGGGGACAGCGGUGAGCGCUGGACCCCUGCGACGCCCCAAUGGCACCCACCUGCAGAGCCGUGACGCCUACGAGGAGCUGUGCCAGCGCCCAGGGGGGCAGCUGGCCCCAGAGCAUCUCCCCCAUCUCAGCUGCUCUUACGAGACCAACGGUAGCCCCUACCUCCUUCUCCAGCCUGCCAAGAAGGAGAUGGUCCGGAUCCGACCCUACGUGGCUUUGUACCACGAUUUCAUCAGCGAUGCUGAGGCUGAGACCAUCAAGGGGUUGGCAGGGCCCUGGCUGCAGAGGUCCGUGGUCGCCUCUGGGGAGAAGCAGCAGAAAGCCGAAUACCGGAUAAGCAAGAGCGCCUGGCUGAAGGACACCGCCGACCCGGUGGUGCGGGCAUUGGAGCAGCGCAUCGCUGCCGUCACCGGCCUGGACCUGCGGCCACCCUAUGCCGAGUACCUGCAGGUGGUCAACUAUGGGUUGGGAGGCCACUACGAGCCACACUUCGACCAUGCCACGUCCAGGAAGAGCCCCCUUUACAGAAUGAAGUCGGGCAACAGGAUCGCCACCGUCAUGAUCUACCUGAGCGCGGUGGAGGCUGGGGGGGCCCGUGCCAAAACCUGGGGCUCCCACCCCCUCUCUGCUCCGCAGAACGCAGCUCUCUUCUGGUGGAACCUGCGGAGGAACGGGGACGGUGACGGGGACACCCUGCACGCUGGCUGCCCCGUCCUGGCCGGGGACAAGUGGGUGGCGAAUAAGUGGAUCCACGAGCACGGGCAGGAGUUUCGGGGGCAAGUGCUGUAA